CAACUGCGCAUGCGUCGUUCAGACAUGGACCGCGAGGAGCCUCCGGUGUCUGUCCCCGUGUCUCCAGGAGAAAUGAUGAGACUGUUGGUGAAGCAGCAAGUCCACGCGGCCGUUGAAGAGUCUUUUGGGCUGUUGGACACAUUGACAGCAGCUUAUGAGGACACCGUGUCUCAGUUGAGAGAACAAUGGCGACACACAUCAGAUGUCCAGCAGCAGGUAGGGAUUAAAGCAGAUGUCCCCCCUGAGGACCAGGACCAGGAGGACCCGGAGCCCCUCCACAUAAAGGAGGAUCCGGAGCCCCUCCACAUAAAAGAGGAGCCGGAGCUCCUCCACACACUAUCAAAAGUGCUCAUGAGAAAGAAACCAUUCAGUUGUGACGAGUGUGGGAAUAGGUUUACAGAACAGGGAAGUCUGAAGAGACACAUGAGAGUCCACACAGGAGAGAAACCAUUCAGUUGUGGGGAGUGUGGGAAAAGAUUUGCACGUCAGGGACAUCUGAAGACACACAUGAUAGUCCACACAGGAGAGAAACUAUUCAGUUGUGGGGAGUGUGGGAAAAGAUUUACACAACAGGGAAGUCUGAAGACACACAUGAGAGUCCACACAGGAGAGAAACUAUUCAGUUGUGUCGAGUGUGGGAAUAGAUUUACAGAUCAGGGAAGUCUGAAGAGACACAUGAGCGUCCACACAGGAGAAAAACUAUUCAGUUGUGAUGUGUGUGGGAAAAGAUUUGCACGUCAGGGAUAUCUGAAGUACCACAUGAGUGUCCACACAGGAGAGAAACCAUUCAGUUGUGGGGAGUGUGGGAAAAGAUUUACACAACAUGGAAGUCUGAAGACACACAUGAGAGUCCACACAGGAGAGAAACUAUUCAGUUGUGAUGUGUGUGGGAAAAGAUUUGCACGUCAGGGAUAUCUGAAGUACCACAUGAGCGUCCACACAGGAGAAAAAUCAUUCAUUUGUGGUGUGUGUGGGAAAAGAUUUACAGAUCAGGGAAAUCUGAAGAAACACAUGCGUGUCCACACAGGAUAGAAUGUGUUUCUUCCAUUCGUGACACAUUCAAUCUGUAAAUUGUUCUAUUUCUAAUGUGUUAAUUUAAAAAGUUAAAUGUUUUUAAUUGUUUCCCAUGUCAUUUGUUAGUAAAUGAGAUGGUAGGCAAAGUGUUUUUUAAUUGUUUGAUGAAUCUUUAUUAAAAACAAUGACAACA